UUUCUCUUAUCUUCCAGGAAUUUUAUAUUACCUGGCCAAUGUUGCAGGUGAACUUCCUGAGGUAUUGCUGAGAUGUCCAGGAAGUAUAACCUGAAGUGGAAUUCCCACCAUGCUGAAACAGUUCAGACCUUUGAGAGUCUCAGGAGUAGAGAAUUAUUUGUGGAUGUGACUCUUUCAUGUAAUGGCCAAUUUCUCAAGGCCCACAAAUUAGUACUUUCUGCUCUAAGUGGUUACUUUGAGCGAAUAUUGAAUUGUGAUGGACCUGGGACGCCUAUUGUUCACUUCUAUGGCGUUGAGAUGUAUCUCCUGAAACUUUUAGUGGAGUUCAUGUACCAUGGUGAGGUGGAAGUACCAGCAGUUGACGUGGAGAAAUUCAUUGAAAUUGCUGAAAAUCUGGAGGUGAAAGGAUUAAAAGGAGACAACUCCAAAAAUGCUUCUCAUGGAGGAAUAGAUUGUGGUGAAUCAAUUCCAAUAAAAAAUGCCGAUGAUACAUUGGCUAAAAAACGUAAGAGAACUUUACAAGGGCUCAAAGACUCCUUGUAUCCUCACAAAGUGCAAAGAUCUCAUGUGGCAAGUUAUGCUGGACUUGCUGGUUGGAUGAAGACUGGACAGCAGGAACAGAAGGAUUCACACACCAAAGCAGCACCAAUGGCAUCCACAUCUCACUCGCACCAAAGCAAACCAGCUGUCAAGCAGUCUGGGCUGAAUGCUGAUUCAAUCAGAAAUGAAGAAGUUCUUCUCAAAGAGGAAGAAAGUGAUAGUGAGGAGGAAUCUGAAGAGAUGGAGGCUUAUCCUGAGGAUGAAGGGAGUUGGGGAGAUGUCUCUCACACCUCGCAUGAUGAAGAGCCUGUACAAUCAGAGUCCCAAUUGCCUGCAAAUAUCCCUCCUGAAGUGGAUCCUCAGGGCCAUCCAGAGAGGCGGGAGGGGGGCAAUCUGCCCUGGGCCCCGCGUAUCAAGGGCUCCCAAGGGGAGCCUCCAAGGGAUCUCCGGUUUAGUUUUGCCCCGGACCCCUGGAAACCUCUGGGCGGCCCUGCA